AUGGCAAAGUCUAAGCUUACAAUCAUCUCAAUUGCUGUUUUGAGGAUACUAACUCUCUUGACGUGCAAAGCUGCCAUUGUACUUACAAUAUUAGCCAACAACUUCACACUUCAAGAUGGCCAGCAAAUUAAUUUCUCUAACAUCAGGGGCUACUGGUAUGUCUUAGCAGCCGCUGGAGUUGGGGUUCUCUAUUCAAUGUAUCAGCUGCCUUUUGCACUGUAUCAUGCUGUUAAAGGGAAGAGGUUGAUCAAGGGCCAGCUUCUGCCAAUCCUUGAUUUUUACGGAGAUAAGGUGAUAGCGUUUAUAUUGGCAAGUGGAGUUGGCGUAGGAUUUGGCGUCAGUAUUGAACUCAAAAAUUUAACAGACGAAUCAAUCGAAAAUUCAGCAGACGAAUCAAUAGACAGAAAAUUAGCAAUUGAACUAUUUAAAGAAUUUAGGGACAACAUGGACAAGUUUUAUAACGGGGGAAUUAUUGCCAGUGGCAUCCUUCUAGCUGGUUUUACUACCAUGGCUAUACUCACUAUUCUUAGUUCUGCCAAGCGCACAGGAAGAAGCUUUUAG